AUGGAGAAGGAGGAGAACGAACCUCCCAUUCAGAAAAGUGGCGGCGAAAUCGAAGACUCAGAACCCAUCGAGCUCGUUCUCUUUCAAGUGCCCGAGUGCUACGUCUACAUAAUACCUCCAAGAAAGAGUGCAGCUUCGUACAGGGCUGAUGAAUGGGAUGUCAACAAAUGGGCAUGGGACGGGAUACUGAAAGUCACUAGCAAGGGAGAAGAAUGCAUCAUAAAACUAGAAGAUAAGAGCACGGGUGAAUUAUAUGCUCGGGCAUUUUUAAGAAAGGGAGAGCCGCAUCCAGUGGAACCUGUUAUUGACAGCAGCAGAUACUUUGUUCUUCGCAUAGAAGAGAACAUAGGUGGUCGCCUUCGACAUGCUUUUAUUGGCAUAGGAUUCCGAGAAAGAACAGAGGCUUAUGACUUCCAAGCUGCCUUACAUGAUCAUAUGAAAUAUCUGGACAAAAAGAAAACUGCUGAAGAGAUGGAACAACAUUACCAGCAUACAUCCUCAGUUGAUUACAGUCUAAAAGAAGGAGAAACUCUUGUAUUGCAAAUUAAGAACAAUAAAAGUAACAGCAGUGUGAAGUCCAAGUUUUUUGAGCUGGGUCUGAACAAAUCCUCAGAAGAAAAGAACGGAAAAUCUCCAACUAGUAUUAAGUUACCACCACCUCCCCCAGCACCACUUUCACCUGUUGUCAACCCGCUGAAGUCUCCAACAGACUCACCUACCAAACUAAGCCUUGAGAAAACAUCUACAGUUGAUACUCCCAAAACAGUUAAAGAAGACACAGAACAUGAUAAUUCUACUGAAAAUCAAAGCACACAGGAUGUACCAGAUGAUGAUUUUGGUGAUUUCCAAGCAGCAGGUUAA